GAGUUUAGUUGGUGCAGAUCAUUUAACUCACUCUGCAUCUUUAUGUUGUUUAUCCUUUUAACUUUUUCGUGGUAGCAGAGAGAAACGAAGGAAACGAUCAACUGGAUCAGGAAUUUGACCCAAAAUCGAACUCACUCAGCAUUUUUAUGCUGUUUAUCCUUUCAGCUUUUUGGUGAUAGCAGCGCCGAUUCAGAAUUUAACCCAAAAUGCCUGCUGGUGGAGCUCAUCAUGCUCUCUCCAUUGACAAAAGAUUGGCCAGCCUCGGUAGUACUUCAAUUGAUCAAGAGUGUUGUGUAUCUAAAGUGCACCGCCUUUUACGCCAGAUAAAUCACGCGGCAUAUGAACCUGAUCUGCUUGCCAUCGGUCCCUAUCACCGUGGAAAGGAUCACCUUAGUUUUAUGGAAAAACACAAAUUGAGAUUUCUCCAACGAAUGCUUGAAAGAACGAAUGAGAACAGUGCAGAAAGAUACAUCACAGCCAUGAUAGAAAAGGAAGAAAGAGCUCGUAGAUUCUAUGCAGAUCAAUUCCCUGAAUUAUCCAAAGAUGAGUUUGUAGAAAUGAUGCUACUUGAUGGGUGUUUCAUCAUUGAGUUGUUCCGCAUCCAGCGUGACGCAGUCUUCCAAUACAUUGAAAAGGAUCCAAACUUCCAUUCCGUUAAAAAUGAACCAAUCUUCCAAACAGCUUUGAUCCUUAAUGGCAUAACGCGUGAUCUACUGUUAUUUGAAAAUCAACUACCAUUCUUCAUUCUUACUGAAUUGUUCGAGAUGAGUGAGAGUUGCAACCAACAAUAUGAUUAUGCUCAUUGUGAGAGCACAACCUCUGCAAAUCAGAGCGAGAAGAACCAGACUGUACUACUUGGCAGCCAAUCUAGAAAACCUAGCAAACACGUCAUUGAUUCUGACCAAAAACAUGAAAUUACUAUUGAUGAAAGCUCAAUCUUCAAGGAUGUGAAUGAGAGGGUCCCGACUCGACUUCUUGAUGGUGCCCUAGCUUUCUUUAGUUUCACUUUGGCAUUAUCAUGUGAAAUUAAUGUCAAUGGAUCAAGUUAUGCUUCAACUGCUGACAUUAAGCAUCUACUUGGUCUGAUACAUAAAUCUAUGAGUCCUCCACCUAAAGAGCCAGGAAUACCUUAUAACAAAAGGUCUCAUAGGGGAAUGUUCAAAUUCAAAGAGACACAUAAAUCAAAGGAUCUAGUUGGUCCAAAUGAGAAUGAAGACUGGAAGUCAAUACCUUAUGCCACAGACCUUCAAGAUGCUGGAGUCAAAUUCAAGGAAGCAGAGGAAUUUAAGAAUACGCUAUUUGGUGAUCAGCUAAAGAUGGAAGAGUGGAAGUCAAUAUUAACAAAUGUCAUAGAGCUUCAAAAGGCUGGAGUCAAAUUCAAGAAGGCAGAAACAGAUCGAACUCAGUCUGCAUUGUUAUGCUGUUUAUCCUUUCAGCUUUUUGGUGAUAGCAGCGCCGAUUCAGAAUUUAACCCAAAAUGCCUGCUGGUGAAGCUCAUCAUGCUCUCUCCAUUGACGAAAGAUUGGCCAAGCCUCAGUAGUACUCCAAUUGAUCAAGAGUGUUGUGUAUUUAAAGUGCACCGCAGUUUACGCCAGAUAAAUCCCGUGGCAUAUGAACCUGAUCUGCUUGCCAUCGGUCCUUAUCACCGUGGAAAGGAUCACCUUAGUUUUAUGGAAAAGCACAAAUUGAUAUUUCUCCAACGAAUGCUUAAAAGAAGGAAUGAGAACAGCGCAAAAAGAUACAUCACAGCCAUGAUAGAAAAUGAAGAAAGAGCUCGUAGAUUCUAUGCAGAUCAGUUCCCUGAAUUAUCCAAAGUUGAGUUUGUAGAAAUGAUGGGUGUUUCAUCAUUGAUCGAUAUAUUAUUAUUUUAAUGCAAAAACUGUUCCGCAUCCAGCGUGACGCACUCUUUGAAAAUGAUCCAACCUCCCAAUCCGUUAAAAAUGAACCAAUCUUCCAAAUCUUCCAAACAGAUUGUGUUGGUAUUUUUAACAAAUAAU